GGGGCGGAAAGGGGUGGAGCCAGCGGGUGUCAUGGCUGCCCCCAUAGGUUGCCCAUGAGUUGCUGUUUGAGACAGGCGGGCAAGGCAGCUGCAGCCCCCGCGGCUGGGAGAAAUCUCACACCCUCUUGGCACCCCACACCUCCCUACGCUGGGAUGAAUGAAGGACCUGACACUUUUGUCCAUUCCAGCUGCAUUUGGAGGUCUGGCUGGAAACAGAAUGAAAGCUUGCAUAAACACCGUCCUCCUCCUUAGUAGCAGUUGUGCCUCUUAGAAGCUGGGCUCUAGGCGAUCUUUUGGGGCUUGCGUGAUGGAUGCUGAGCGGUCACUUGACGGUCAGGUUGUACUGGAACUGGAGCAGCCAGCCGACAGCAAAGUGGAAGCAGAGGGCAUUUCUGGACCUGCUGCAAAGGUGCCAAGGUUAAAUGGAGGUCCAGAAAAUGAAGAGGCUGUUCUUGAGACACUUCCUGGACCGGAACCCCUAGGAGAAGGACCUCAGUUAGAGGAUACGGUGCAGCAUCUUGAGGAAGAAAGGCUGGAAGAAGCAAAUGAUGGAGGGGAAACCUUGACAGAAGGAGGGGAAUACUACUUUCCGACCUAUGAUUUCUCGCAGCCCCCAAAGCUUCUAACAGGCUCUUGGGUGGAGUAUAGUCAUGUAUCGGAGAAUUUCCUGAAGGGCUGCAAAUGGGCUCCUGAUGGGACGUGCCUGCUCACCAACAGUGCUGACAACACUCUGCGUAUUUACAACCUUCCUGCAGAACUUUAUGCGGAGGACUGGGGGGCCAUUGCUGAAAUGACCCCCGUCCUGCGCAUGGCCGAAGGAGACACUGUCUACGACUACUGCUGGUUCCCGCUGAUGAAUUCCUCUGACCCACAGACUUGUUUUGUUGCCAGCAGCAGCCGUGACAACCCCAUCCACAUCUGGGAUGCUUUCUGCGGAGACCUGCGGGCCACCUUCCGCCCCUACAAUCAUCUGGAUGAGCUGACUGCUGCACACUCGCUCUGCUUCACCCCAGACGGCUCUCAGCUCUUCUGUGGCUUUGACAAGAUUGUGAGGGUGUUUGACACGUCGCGCCCUGGCCGGAUGUGUGAGAACAGGCCCACCUUUGUGAAGAAGCAAGGCCAGAGCGGCAUCAUUUCCUGCAUCGCCUUCAGCCCGACGCAGCCCCUUUACGCCUGCGCCUCGUACUCGAAGACGGUGGGCCUCUACUCCCGGGCAGAAGGCGAACCCCUAGCCGUGCUGCAUGGGCACCAGGGGGGCAUCACCCAUGCGCUGUUCGCCCCUGAUGGCUUCCACCUCUUCACCGGUGGGCGCAAGGACGCGGAGAUUCUUUGCUGGGACCUUCGACAACCGGGCGAGGUCCUUUCCGCCAUGUGCCGGACUGUGGCCACCAACCAAAGGCUCUAUUUUGACUUGGAUCCGAGUGGGAGGCUCUUACUGAGCGGCGACACGGAGGGAUUAGUCAGCGUCUGGGACACAUCCCAGCCCCCAACCAGCGGCCCCGCUCGCCCCCUCUUGCAGCCCCUCCUGCAGUUCCAGGCCUUGACGGACUGCGUCAACGGGAUAAGCCUCCAUCCCAGCCUGCCUCUGCUGGCCACUGCCUCCGGCCAGCGCAGAUUCCCUGACCUGUGGGACAGUGAGGAAGAGGAGGAAGGGGGCAGCCUGUCCAGUCGCCCUCAGGCCCAUGGUGACAACUCGCUUCAGCUGUGGUGGUGCUCCUUGGAUGCCGGUGCAGAGCUGCCCCAGGCUCUUCUGUGACGUGGCCAUCUCCCUCAAGGGAGCGGUGAAGACUGAACGCUGCCUGCUGUGCGGCCCCCACCCUGGCAUUUGAAGCCAAAGGGGGCCAAAUGGAUACAUCUGUACUCAAAACUGCCAUGAAUUAUGAGUGUGUGAAAUGCUGGCAUGCCAGUGUGUUCUUGGAUGCGCAUGCAUUAAUGGUAGCCUGUGUGUGUGGCUGUUUAUUUCUACACGUGACGUUUGUAUCAAAGAGAGUAUGAACUGUGUGAGGGUUCAUUGGACUUUUUUUUUCCCCUGAGAGAGAAUGGGUCAAGGAGGUGCCAUAUUGGGGAAAAGGGAUAUUUUGUGCUUGCCUGUGAUGGGUCAGGGGGUCUGUUGCAUUUGAGAGUUGCUGUGCCUAUAUGGGUUGGAGACAUCAGCUGUGCGCUGAGGGAAAUUGCUUCCGGUGCCAGACCAUUUCUUUCUCUUGCUCCCCCCACCCCCAAUUGACAAUGGACACUUUCUCCUGCUUUGGGCUGACUUUCGUCCUUUUCAGCCAAGAGGGGUGACCCUUUGCAGUUCAAAGUCUUUACUUCCUGGCCACCAGCUUGUAUUUUUAUAUAUAUAUAUAUAUGAAUAAUUGCUUCUUUCAAGCAAUUUUUAAUUGAUUUCCUUUUUCUCUGCUCUGUAAAUAGUUUCCUUACUCUGUUUACCUGCCGAACAGGUGUGCCAUGACGCGAAUUUGCUUGGGGGAGGGAAGGGCUUUUGUGCUGGGUUUUCUGAACGUUCAUCAUCGGUACCCAUUUUGUGACUAAAGAAUGCAUCCUCUUCCACAGCCAAUAGGUGUUGUAGAUGAUUAAUAAAAGUCUAU